CUUGGUAAAGAAAGAAUGAGAGAGAAUGCUGGAGAGAGAGAGUGGGUCUCAGGUAGCAGACACCGAACAAGGACAGGACGGACAGCACAGGGUAGGGGGUUCGGAAGCCUCAGGCAGCGAAACUGGCAAGGGAGGUUGAGAGGAACAGAGCAAAGGGAUAUGAAUAGAAAUCAGAAGUCUUGGAAAGAAUGGGGCUAUGACCAGGGGAUUUACAAACAAGCUACUGCUUUCUUUUUCACAAAUAUCCCAGAUAACUGGAGUUAUACAGACAUGUGGGGGACGUUUAGGAAGUAUGGGAGGGUGCUAGCCAUCUACAGUCCACAGAGAAGAUGUAAGAAUGGCUCUAGGUUUGGUUUUGUGAGGUUCCUAGAAGUGAAGAACGAAAGGGAACUAGAAGGAAAGCUUGAUCAGAUCCGGGUUGCUGGACGAAAAAUCUGGGUAAAUCUAGCAAAAUAUCCGGAGGAGGAGACAGGAGUAAAGGCGAUAAGAAAAGGAGAUUCAAUAAAGACCAUCACGCAAGGCAAAUCCUAUGCUGAUGCAGUUAGAGGAUAUGAAGGAAGGAACAAUAAAAAAUCAGAGGGACAACCAACGAAGAAAUCAGAGUACGAGAGGGGAAGAAAUGAAUUCAAAGAAGAACUUAGACAACCAGCGAAACAACAAGAAUGGAAGAUCAAAUCCAGAGAAGCUAUGUGGUCAGGCAUGGAAUACAACGUGAAAGAGGAAGACUAUGAGUGGUUACAGGGGUGUUAUGUGGGGAUAGCUCACUCUGUAGAUAUUGUGCCAAAUCUGCAAGAAAAAUUCUAUAUGGAGGGUUACUUCUCAUGCCGUCUAAGGGCCAUGGGUGGAAAAAUGCUACUUAUGGAUUGUGAAGACAAGGAGGAACUAAAAGAUUUAGUGCAGGGAGCUUCAGACUGGCUGGGACAAUGGUUCUCAGAAGUUAAACCUUGGUCUCCAUCUAUGGUGGCGAAAGAAAGGUUUGUGUGGAUUAGGUGCCAAGGAGUACCAAUGCUUGCAUGGGGUCCUGAUUUUUUUCAGUCUAUGGCAGCUGCUUGGGGCAAGUUCAUUUGUGUGGAUGACAGCACUAGCAAAAAAAGGCGCUUUGAUGUUGCUAGAUUCCUUAUUUCGACCUCAAUUAUGGAUUCCAUUUCAGUGAAUCGACAGAUUAAAAUUAAUGGUAUCAUGUACAACAUUAAGUUCUCGGAGGAAGAACUGACCAAUAGCCUGUUCUCGUUGAAAUAUGACUUUCUUCCAAGAUUCAUGAGUGACUCAGAGAAUGAAGAAGAUUGGUCGGUUGGCAGUAAUGAUCAAGAAGGAAGCGAAGGUAUCAAUUCAGAAGCAGGAGACUUCAAGAAGGAUUUUGAAUUUCAAAAAGAGAGAUAUGAAGUCGGACAAGACAAGGAGAGUGACAACCUACACCAUAGUCGGCAAGUAGAGGAAGACUCUGUUGAGGUUGUGGCAGAUAGCAUUAAUUUGGAGAAGGCAAUAAACAGUGAAAAUCACAGUGAGGACAGUGGAACGUGGCAAGCAAAGUCAAAAUGCAAAUAUCAGUUGAGCAAGGAAAACUCAAAAAGCAUAAGAAGAAGUAGAGCGGGCUUACGGGACAAGCCCAACAAAGAGGUAGUGGGCCAAGUUCAUUCUGUUGAAGAAAUAUUGGAGAGGGCAGCAGGAGACGUUGAAGCAGUAGGCUUAAGUGAGCAAAGGGGUUACAAAGUAAGGCCCAAUUUGGAAGAAAUAAGGGAGAGCCCUCAAGAUUUGGCAAGGAGAUCGGGGGAUGGCAUGGCCCAAAAUAGCAGAGAAAGUUACAGAAGGGGGAGUGAGGGCGAAAAUAGAAAUGAGGGGAUGAGCAACAGUACCAGAAGUGAUAAGAAGAUCAUAAGAAAGAAGAUUAAACCGUGCAGAUUGGUGUACAAAAGAGCAAAUUGCAUAGGUCUACAAAACCAAAAGAUGAAGGGCAAAGGAAAAUCUAAGGGGAAAAAAGCACAAAGAAUAGAGAUACUAGAGUUCCUGCCACGCUCUAGUAACUCAGUGGUAGGCGAUUCAGUGCGCGAUAGUGGUAUAGAAAAUCGUAACAAAAGUCUGAAGGAACACCAGCAACAGAGAAUGGCAGGAGAGCUGUGGAACUUUGCAAAAAAGUUAGGGGUAGUUGCAGAUGAUGAGGAGGCGGUUCUCAAGAAUCUAGAGGAGAUGGAGGUCAGGGAUAGAAGAGCAAAGGAGCUGGAGACAGUAAAGGGGGCAAGCACGGAGCAGAAGGUUAUGGGCAUGUCGGGGGGUUUGCUAUGUGUGUGGAACACUAGAAUUUUAGAGAAAGUCCAGAUUGUGGAAGGAGAACAUUUUAUAGGAAUUGAAGGGGUGUGGGGGCCUGAGAAAGUUCCAGUAAAGGUCAUUAACGUCUACUCCCCAUGUCAAUUAUCUGGAAAAAGAGCUUUAUGGGAGGAAUUAAAAAAUCUAGCAGCAGGGAGAGGAGGUAACUGGUGUUUUGUGGGGGAUUUUAAUGCGGUGAGAAGUGUAGAAGAGAAAACAGGGAAUAAUGGCUUGACAGCUGAAAUAAGGGAGUUUGAUGGCUUCAUUAGGGAGAUGGAAUUGAAUGAUUUACCAUUAAUUGGAAGGAAAUUUACAUGGUACCAGGCAAGUGGGAGGUCAAUGAGCAGAAUUGAUAGAGUUCUUCUGUCGGAUGGCUGGUUAUCCAUGUGGAGUGAAGCAAGGCAAUGGGGUUUAUGUAGAUCAGUGUCAGACCAUUGCCCAAUUGUGCUUAAACACCAACAGGUGGACUGGGGGCCUAAGCCUUUCAGAUUAUUUGAUGCAUGGCUAGAGAAAGAAGGAUGUAGGGAGUUGAUUCGAGAAGUGUGGAGAAAAACCAAUAUUGAAGGCUGGGCUGGUUUUCGCCUCAAAGAAAAAUUGAAGAAGACUAAAGAGGCUUUAAGGAACUGGAGCAGAAACUUCGCCCCGGAAGUUGACAACAAAAUAAACAAAGCUACAGCAAUAAUAGCUCAGCUGGAUGUGAAGGGGGAGAAUGGGCAGUUAUCUGAGGAGGAAAUUAUCAGUAGAAGAGAGGCGGUUAUAGAGCUAUGGGAGAACAUAAGGUCCAAGGAGAGCAGGAUGCAGCAAAAGUCAAGGAAAGUAUGGUUGGCAAAUGGAGAUGCCAAUACAAAGUUUUUCCAUAAUUGUGUGAAGGGCAGACGGAAGAGAAAUGAAAUGAGCAGUAUUCAAAUAAAUGGAAAUCAGAUAGUGGAGCCCAAUAGAAUGAAAGAGGAGAUAGCAUCAUUCUUUGAGAAGAUGUUCACUGAGGAAUGGAGAGAAAGGCCUACCCUGGAAGGGGUGCAAUUCAAUCAAAUCUCUAUGGAACAAAAUGUCUCACUCAUCGCUCCCUUUAGUGAAAGUGAGAUCAAGGCAGCAAUAUGGGAGUGUGAGUGCUCAAAAGCUCCAGGACCGGAUGGCUUCAAUUUUGGAUUUGUCAAGAGUGAGUGGGAUACAAUUAAAGAAGAGGUGAUUGAAUUCAUUCAUGAAUUCCAGAAGAAUAGUAAGUUGGUGAAGGGGCUUAACACUUCAUUCAUUGUCCUCAUCCCGAAAGUAGUGAGUCCACAGAAGAUAGAGGAUUAUAGACCAAUAUCCCUGCUUGGAGCGAUGUACAAAAUUUUGGCAAAAUUAUUAGCCAACCGUCUCAAGGAGGUACUAGAAGGGGUAAUAGGGGAGCAGCAGAUGGCGUUUAUUAGAGGAAGACAAUUAAUGGAUGGUGUAGUGAUCGCGAAUGAGAUGAUAGAUGAAGCUAAAAAGAAGAAGAAAAAGUCAUUUAUGCUCAAGAUUGACUUCGAGAAAGCGUAUGACAAGGUUAGCUGGAAUUUCCUCGAAUAUAUGAUGAAGAGAAUGGGUUUUAGUGAAACCUGGAGGAACUGGAUCAAGGAGUGUUUAAAAACAUGCCUAGUGUCAGUCUUAGUUAAUGGAAGCCCGACAAGACAAUUUUCAAUAUCUCGUGGCUUGAGGCAAGGAGAUCCACUGUCCCCAUUUCUAUUCACAAUAAUUGCAGAAGGAUUAAAUGGGCUGAUUUCAACGGCAAGUAAGAAAGGUUUGUUGGAAGGAGUGGAGAUGGGUCCUAGAGGCUUCAAAGUCACUCACCUACAGUAUGCAGAUGAUACAAUUUUGUUCGGUAAAGCAACAGAGGAGAAUAUAUGGGCAAUGAAGGGGAUCCUGAGAGCAUUUGAACUGGUAUCUGGCUUAAAGAUUAAUUUUAAUAAGAGCCAAUUGAUGGGACUUUGUGUGGAAGAAGGAUGGGUGGAGAAAAUGGCAUGGGUGCUAUGCUGCAAAAAGGGGUCAUUGCCCUUUAAAUACUUGGGAAUUCCCAUAGGGGGGUGCAGUAGGAAGCUUUCCUUUUGGAAACCUUUGGUGGAUAUCUUCAAAAAAAAGCUAUCUACAUGGAAAGGUCGCUAUUUAUCGCUCGGAGGACGAAUUACUCUCAUGAACUCAGUGCUGUCCAACCUUCCUGUGUUCUGGAUGUCAGUAUACUUGAUCCCAAAAGGUACACUCCUCUUACUUGAUAAAAUUCGUAGAAGAUUUUUAUGGGGUGGGACUGAAGAGGGCAAGAGAGUAAAUUGGGUCAAGUGGGGUCGGGUAUGCAAGGAUAAGGAGAGAGGAGGCUUGGGUGUCAAGGAUUUGAGGAAGUUUAAUAUGGCUUUGUUGGGUAAGUGGUGGGGAAGACUUGUGUCGGAGGAUAGUGGGUUAUGGAAAAAAAUCAUUUAUGAGAAAUAUGGGAGGGAGGGGGAUCCAAGCUACAAUUGGCUGAGGGAGAAUACGGGUCUAGGCUCUCGAUGGUGGAGGGAUGUAGGUAGAGUGAAUGUUAUAGCAGAAGAGAAUAGGGGAUGGUUGGAGGACGGGCUAAAGCUAAAGGUAGGAGAAGGAAUAGAGGUAAGUUUCUGGUGGGACAGUUGGUGUGGCAAGGGAAGUCUUGCUAACAAAUUUCCAAGACUUUACUUAAUUUCGACAGGAAAGAACAAAAAGAUUAAUCAGAUGGGAAAGUGGAACAAUGGCAUUUGGAUAUGGAAUAUACAAUGGAGAAGGAACCUGUACAGUUGGGAAAAGAUGCAGGAAGUAGAAUUGCUGAAUCAAAUCCAUGACAUCACAAUCGAGAGAGGAAAAAAGGAUCUAUGGGAAUGGCAGCAUAAUAAAGAUGGGAGAUACACUACAAAAUCUGCAUAUAAGGCAUUGUCAGAUGGAAAUGGAGUGGAACAACCAAGAAGGGUGUCACAAAUGGUCUGGAAUUCGCUCAUCCCUACCAAGAUAUCAAUUUUCGUAUGGCAGCUAUUGCAAAACAAGAUCCCAACAAGAAGCAAUCUCUUUAAAAGAGGAAUACUGAAAAAUCCCGAGGAGUGCAAGUGUAUAUUCUACGGGGUGGAGAAUGAGGAUUCCAAUCAUCUCUUUAUACACUGUAAAAUAGCUUCAGAUUUGUGGAGGGAUUGUUACAAGUGGUGGGGCAUUAGAACAGUACAAGACAAAGACUGUAAAAAGGUUUUUGAACAGCACCCGAAUGUAGCUAAAAUGACUACAAAAAAGAUUGGAUGGGAGUGUAUCUGGUUCACGGUGACAUGGACAAUCUGGCUUGCCAGGAACGAGAAGAUCUUUAAACAGAAAGAGGUUGACAGGAGAAAGCUAUUAGAGAUGGUACAGAUAAGGGCAUUCAACUGGAUCAAAGGUAAAAGGGAAGGCUGCUAUUUUUCACUGUCAGAUUGGAUUCAAUACCCGACGGGCUGCUUAAAAUUCAAUUGUGCCAGUAAGAGAAAAGAUUAAGGACAAGCAGCUAACUUGGUGAAAUCCCCUGUUUGAAGCAUCAAGAAAGGAUGUGAGGAGGU